AUGAACGUCUCCUUCCAUCUCUAUAAGAUCCACAGCCUGCUGGGAUUCUUACAAGGAGACAACCUCUCGUUCCCAGGCCUGCUGAACGGGAGCCGACCGCUGGGCUGGGAGGAGCUGGAAAAGCUGCUCUUCCUCUUCGACAAGGAUCCCAUCGCCAUCUGCCUCACGGCCAUGUACCUGGUGUCCUUCGUGGUGGGCUUCGCCGGCAAUGUCAUGUCGCUGAGGAUGCUCACCCGGAAGCGCCACCACCGGAUGCCCAGCCUGAGCGCCACCAGGAGCCUCCUCAUCAACCUGGCCGUCUGCGACCUCAUGGUGGUCUGCAUCUGCAUGCCCAUCACUGUGGGCAACCUGAUCUACAAAGCCUGGGUCUACGGGGACUUCCUGUGCAGGGCUGUCCCCUUCGUCCAGGCGGUGUCCGUCUCAGCCAGCGUCCUCAGCCUCACGGUGAUCAGCCUGAACCGCUACUACAGCGUACACAACCCGCUCAACGCCCGGUCGUUCUUCACCCGCCGGAAGAUCCUGUGCACCAUCCUGGUGGUCUGGCUGUUGUCCUCGGGAAUCUGCGCGCCCCUCCUGUUCAUGAACCGGAGGGACGAGAUCGGGGUGGGGCAGGACCUUCCCCUGGUAUUCCCCAUCUGCACCGAAAUCUGGCCCCAGGAGAGGGUCAAGCAAGCGUACAAUGUCCUCCUCUUCUGCGCGCUCUACUGCCUGCCCGUCCUCUUCAACGUGGUCGUCUGCUGCUUGACGGCCCGCAGGCUAUGGAGCCCUGCCCGGCCUCUGAGGGGCCGUGGCGCCCUGAACCCCAUAUUGCCGGCUUCCCGGCUGAAGAUCCGCAAGAAGGUGGCGCAGAUGGUGGUGGCGCUGGUCCUGCUCUUCACCGUCUCCUGGCUGCCCAUCUACAUGAUGGACCUCUGGAUUGAGUUCAACAGCCCCAAGUCCUUGCAGGCUCCGCCCCCCUGGGUCCUCCAGCUCCGCCCUUUCGCCCAGUGGCUGGGCCUCACCAACUCCAGCCUCAACCCCAUCUGUUACUGCUUCAUGGGCAACCUCUACCGCUCAGCCAAGGAAAUGAAGAGCAGGUACCACAAGAAGAUGGCCUCCCUUCUUAGCUUCUCCCUGUCCAAAAAGAGCGCACCUUCCUCCACCCCCGAGCUGGUCUCGUACAAGAGCUCCACAAGCAAAGAGCCCAACGUCGUCAUGGCAGUCGGAAGCGGGUACCAGGAGAGCUACAACCCUAGGACGCUGGCGUGA